AUGUCUGCGGAGGACUACAAGUCCCAUUAUGGCGGAAAGGGAGGAGGGGCUUCCUGUGUACACAGUCUGGGUUCUCCGUACUGCAGUCCUGGGUUCUAGUUUAUGGCAUCUUAACAUCUAUUUGACAUAAAGAGGACCUCAUGUCUUUUCUUCGUUGGGUUUCUGACCGGAUCCUGGUUGAUGGCUUGAGGGAACUGGAGUUUUUUGGAGACUCGCAUUUAGGGGAGUCCCGAAAGAAACCCGAUGAAGCUGCCAGCGCGGAGUCCAUAGCGUCUUGUCGCGGUCCGGACACCAUGGGUGUAUACGCUCCGGAUAAUAGUUGUUACGAGCUCCUCACUGUCAUAGGGAGAGGAUUUGAAGACCUGAUGACAGUAAACUUGGCACGGUACAAACCGUUGGGAGAGUAUGUUUGUAUCAGAAGAAUUAACUUGGAGUCUUGUACCAAUGAUAUGGUGGCCUUCCUGCAGACGGAACUUCAUGUGUCAAAGCUGUUCAACCAUCCCAACAUCCUCCCUCACAGAGCCACAUUCAUAGCCAACAAUGAGCUUUGGGUGGUCACCCCUUUCAUGGCUUAUGGGUCAGCCAAAGACCUGAUCUGCACACACUUCACAGAUGGAAUGAGUGAGCUGGCAAUCGCUUACAUCCUGCUCGGAGUGUUGAAAGCCUUGGAUUACAUCCAUCACAUGGGUUACGUUCACAGGAGUGUGAAGGCCAGUCACAUCCUCAUCUCUGUGGACGGGAAGGUGUACCUCUCUGGCCUGCGCAGUAUUCUUAGCAUGAUAAACCACGGACAGCGAGUGAAAGUGGUCCAUGACUUCCCCAAGCACAGCUCCCGGGUUCUUCCCUGGCUGAGUCCAGAGCUCUUACAGCAGAACCUUCAGGGGUAUGAUGCAAAAUCCGACAUCUACAGUGUGGGGAUUACAGCGUGUGAGCUUGCUAAUGGACAUGUGCCAUUCAAAGACAUGCCAGCUACACAGAUGCUCCUCGAGAAGCUGAACGGCACAGUGCCCUGUCUGCUGGACACCGCAACCAUUCCUGCCUCUGAGCUCACCAUGAAGACCUCUCGCUCCGGAGCGGACUCUGGCAUUGGAGAAGGCACCUCCUGUCGCCCAUCCAAUGGGGAACCUAGCAUGCACCCUUACAACCGCACCUUCUCCCCACACUUUCACAACUUGGUGGAGCAGUGUCUUCAGAGGAACCCCGAGUUACGGCCAAAUGCUGGCACUCUGCUCAAUCAUUCCUUCUUCAAACAGAUUAGGCGCAGAGCAUCUGAAGCCCUCCCCGAGCUCCUCCGUCCAGUGUCCCCCAUCACCAACUUCGAGGGAGCUAGAAGUUCAGCGCCUCCUGGACUAGAGGGACUGGUAUCUAACAUGGAGCAGUUGGAAGUGGAUGACUGGGACUUUUAAGGAGAAAAGGGAGGAAUUGGGGGAAGAGGGGAGGGAUUGGAAUCCCGUUAAUGUUUACACUGCGCAGACCCCCCAGGGGGGGUCUGGCCUAUUGGAGAUGCAUGAGGAAACUUACCAUCACAAAUAUUAGGAGUCCACACAGGGACACUCCCUCUGGCACCAGCCACAUCUCACUGUUUGUGUUAUUUGGUCCUCUGGAAGAAGGCACGCUAUGCUGGAAUCGGUCUUGUAUCUAGACAUAGUUAACCUGCUUAGCACUGUACUGUCACAGAACGUCAGUUCAUUUGGUUAUCAGGGUUCAGCACCGUUCACCCAACCCUGCUUGUUUAUGGGUGUCACCUGCCUAGUCAGUGUUGUAGAAAAUAAAUAAAUCAGCAGCUAUUUUUACGAACUGGCCAAGAGAGGUUCGCUCAAUAAAGCUUUAUAAUUACUGUAA